AAGGAGAUCAAGUACAGACGGCCGAGAAGAACAGGAACUUUGAAGACUUCAAAAUCCGAACCCUGUCCCCUUUUGAAGGUUCAGUCUUUGAUCUAAUAAGUUAUCUCACACCCUUCGAGUGCCGUAUCAGAUCGAGAUCCUUCAACUUUGAAGGUUCAAACUUGAAAAUGAGAAUUGGGCUAGAAGAGCUGUUUGUUUUUCUUCUUCUUGCAAUUUUGUCCAGCCCAGAAGCUGUUUUUGGGAUCAGAAUUGUGAUUGACAGAGAGGAAUGCUUCUCACACGACGUUAAAUAUGAAGGAGAUACAGUUCAUGCGUCUUUUGUUGUCAUCAAGGUCGAUUCCGCGUGGCAUUUUAGUGAAGAUGGUGUUGAUCUUGUGGUGAAGGGACCUUCUGGUGACCAGAUUCAUGAUUUUCGUAACAAAGUAAGCGAGAAGUUUGAAUUUAUGGCUCGCCAAAAAGGGGUCCACCGCUUCUGCUUCACUAAUAAAUCUCCUUACCAUGAAACCAUAGACUUUGACGUACAUGUUGGCCAUUUUUCAUAUUAUGAUGAGCAUGCAAAAGACGAGCAUUUUAAACCUUUGUUAGAUCAGAUAUCGAACUUAGAAGAAGCUCUUUACAAUAUUCAAUUUGAACAGCAUUGGCUAGAAGCUCAGACUGAACGCCAGGCAAUAGUAAAUGAUGCGAUGUGCAGGAGGGCAAUUCACAAGGCUUUUUACGAAUCUGCAGCACUCAUUGGUGCUAGUGUUGUCCAAGUUUACCUUCUCCGCCGCCUGUUUGAUCGUAAACUUGGCAUGUCAAGAGUUUAGUUUUGGCACAGGAUAUGGCGCAAGUUGUUACUCUCAAUCAUACAAUCUGAACCCAUUUUAGGAUUGUUACUAACUGAUAGUCUUUUAAGGAUUUUCCCUGUAUGUUGGUAGUUUUCCAUUUAUUGUAUAAGGCAUCACAGGUCACUCGAUUCCUUAAGGAGUGAAGGCAAUAAUUGCCAACUUUUAUGCACUUUUCUGGGUUCUGCUUCACUGUUAACAAGAGUUUUGCCAAUACUAAGUUUAUCAACAGUUCUUA